AUGAGUCAGACAGCCUCGAGGAUACAUGACCACGAAGUCGUUGUUUAUGGUUCAUCGAUUACUGUUGCUACUAAUGGAACUAAAUUUCUCGAAGAAUGGGGCGUCGAGACAGUUGCUAGAAGAGAUACUGUUAAACAAAAAUUAAUUAUGCACAAUUGGAAAGAUAGUACAAUCAACGAUAUUUAUGAUUUGAACGAUUAUACGAAACCAUGGCGUUAUGUUUACAAUUUAUUUCAUCGUAUUGAUCUUCACGAGCAAUUACAGAACAGAGCAAAAACUUGA